AUGUCAUAUUCUGAUAAUCAAAAUCUUGAAUUAAUCUCAUUGAUAUGGCUUGAUAAUAUGGCUGAUGCUACUCAAGAAAAUCGAGAAAUUCAAGAUAAACUUCGUUCUAUUGUUAAUUAUCUUCGAACAUUUGAUAAUUGUAAACAAUGUGAAGAUUAUAUUCGAAAUAUAAUUAAUGAUAAAUAUGAUAAAAUUAUUUUAAUUGUUAGUGGUAAAUUAGGUCAAGAAAUAAUUGAACAUAUUCAUCAUUUAAAACAAGUCAUAUCAAUAUUUGUUUAUUGUAUUGAUAAAAAUAAAAAUGAAUUAUGGGCUAAGAAAUAUAAAAAGGUCCGAUCUGUUAUUGUUCAAAUAAAUGAUUUAUUCGAACAAAUUGAUCUUGAUCGUAAAAGUGAAGAACAAAAAUUAAAUCAAUCAAUUGAAUUAUUAAUAAAUAAAGAUGAAAUAAUUCCAUUAAUUUUACAAAUUGAUUCAUCAUUAAUUGAUAAAAAAUAUUUAUUAAAUAUUUGUUCAAAAUUCUAUGAAAAUAAUAUAACUGAACUUGAAAAUAUUCGAGAAUUUGAACAUUUAUAUUCAUCAACAAAUUCAUUAGAUUGGUUUUUUAAUGAAACAUUUCUUUAUCGUUUAUUAAUCAAAAGUCUUCAAAUAUUUAAUAUUGAAAUUAUUUUUCUAUUAAGAUUUUUUCUUCAAGAUAUUAAUCAACAAUUAAUUUAUUGUUCAACUGUAUAUGAACGAGUUUAUCAUGGACAAUUAAUGACAAUUGAUCAAAUUAAUUUAAUUAAUCAAUCAAUAAAUGAUAAAUAUAUUAGAUUUAAUUCAUUUAUUAUUGCUAAUAGAAAUAAAGAACAAGUUAUCAAUUCUUUACUAAAUAGUUCAAAUACAAAUGAUUUACAUCGAGUUUUAUUUGAUAUUGAUUCUAAUCAAAUAGGAAAACAAUAUAAAGAAUAUAUUAUAUUUCCAAUCACAACUUAUUUUCGUAUUAUUUCGGUUAAUUUUGAAAAACAAAUUUGGAUUGUCAAAAUAAUUGUUUUUAAUUCUAAUAAAUCUAAUGAAAAUGAAAAUAAAAAUAAAAAUCCUUUUCAAUUAGCUCAUCUUCUUCGGCAUAUUGGUCAAUUAGAUCAAUCAGAAAAAUUAUUUUAUCUUUUAUUAAAUCAAUAUCCAUCAAUGAAUUCUCAAUGUUAUGAUGGACUUGGCAGAAUUGCACAAGAUAAAGGUUUAUAUGAUAUUAGUCUAAAUUUUUAUUUGAAAUCUCUUCAAACAGUUUCAUUAAAAAAUCGUGCUCAUUGUUUAAAUAAUAUUGGAUGUGCUUAUGAUUAUUUAGAACAAUAUGAAUAUGCUCUUCAAUACUAUUCCCAAGCAUUAACAUUAAUGAAAAAUGAUAUUUAUCAAGCAAUGUGUCUUUCCAAUAUGGGUAUAACAUAUGCUAAAAAUGAACAAUAUCAACAAGCACUUGAAUGUUUUCAACAUUCGUUAUCUAUUAGAGAAAAAAGUCUAUCUGAUAAUCAUCCUGAUAUAGGAAUAUCUCAUACAAAUAUUGGUGUUGUUUAUUCAUCUAUUGGUCAAUUAGAUCUUGCACUUAAACAUUUUAAUUUAGCAUUAAAAUCAUUUUCAUCAAAUAAUUCCGAUAUAAAUCAAGCAAUUGUUUAUCAAAAUAUGGCAAAAAUCUUUCAAGAAAAAAAUCAAUUUGAUCAAGCACUUCAGUUUUAUAAAAAUUCCGAAUAUAUUUUUCAAUUAUUUCGACCUGUUAAUCAUCCAAACCUUGUUUAUAUACAACAACAAAUUAAUCAACUAAAACAACAAAAUUAA